AUCCUCGUGCAACUCAUCAAGCGGUUUCUUGUGCCACACUAUAAAGCAAUAAUAGAGGUUCCUCUUUAAAUCUUCUUUCAUAAACCCUAGCGGCGCUCUUUCAUUUUGUCCCAGCUUUCCUCUGCCCUCUCACUCUCUCCCGGGCUUUUUGAAGAACCAAACGUACUCAUCAGUCAAUGGCAUUUUUCAAUAGAAUUGGCAACCUCUGCAGGCAGAACACUUUUGGGAACAGUGUAUCAAAUGGACAAGGUUCCAUGGCAUCUAUGCUGAACGCAAUUCGUUGCAUGUCAUCUUCCAAACUUUUUAUUGGGGGUCUUUCAUAUGGAACUGAUGACCAAUCCCUUAAAGAUGCAUUUUCCAGCUUUGGCGAUGUGGUUGAUGCAAGGAUUAUCACUGACAGAGAUACUGGGCGGUCUAGGGGAUUUGGAUUUGUGAACUUCGCCAGCAAUGAGUCUGCCAGUUCUGCACUGUCUGCCAUGGAUGGCCAGGAGCUAAAUGGGAGGAACAUCCGGGUUAGUUAUGCCAAUGAUAGACCUGCUGGCCCCCGUGGCUUUGGUGGCAACAGCGGCUUUGGUGGGGAUGGAGGUUUUGGCGGAGGGAAUGAAAGGUUUUAAGCCCGUGUUUGCUGAUGCUGAGGCGUGUGCUGCCCAAAGAAAUGUUUGUUAUUGUUAGUUAAAGUGUGGAGUUUUCAUCUGUUAGUUUUUUGUUUUUUCUUUAUUUUUAUUUUUAUUUUUAUUUUUAUUUCUUUUGAACUCUCUAGCUGAACUGCAACAGAUAAUUGCUAAAUGCUUUGGAAACAAGUUCAUUUA